CCUCCUGCACACAUUGGACAAAAACUGACCCAUCUGAAGUACUCGAACUAUAGCGUUUCCAGUCAAUAUUUGGAAAGUUUGGCAGAAAAUGACCACUGCACUUAACUGUACUUUUUUAUUUAACAAAUUAGGUUACAUGACCUGGUACGAAUACACUCGUGCUUCAAAAUCUGCAUGAUCAGCUGAUUUUCUUUUUUUUUUAUUGUACUAUCACUAGUGUUAAUUCUAACUGCUCACUUUGUUUCUUUUUGAUGGCAUUCAAUCAGUCCUGAAUCAGCAAUCCAGCAAAAUGCUGCAAGGUACUAUUGACUCUUGAAUUGUUGGAUGGCACAUAAUGCUGGGCAAUGUACUAUUCAGAGUUUGGGACAGGAUAAUUGCAGCGAGAAAGCAUCAAUAUUAGAAGCGGAUACUGAAAGGAGCCACUGAGCAGUUAAUCGAUCAUCUGGUUAAUGUGCUGUUACCCAGAAAAGAUUUAUGCUGAUCGACAUCGAGCUUACUGCUAUGUUCCAGCAGGUAUCGCUGCAGUGCUGAAACGUCGUCCUGAUCUUUUGGCACCUGCCAUCCAAGCUUUCUAUCUUCGCGAUCCUAUUGACCUAUGUGCUUGCCGCCCGUUUAAGCUCUUUCUCCCUGAGACUCGUGUGAUGACUCUGGUGACAUUUACAAAAUGCUUGUACGCCCAAUUACAGCAACAGCGGUUCACACCGGAUAGACGGAGUGGUUAUACACUGCCAGCACAGUCCGACCAGCAUUUCAAAGCACAUGCAUUAGGCACAAAGCUGGCCCAUGGCUUUGAGAUCCUAUGUUCCAAAUGUUCGCAGCGCUCUCCUAGCUCCAAGACACAAAGCAAUAUUUCCAGUGACCCACUCUGGGAAGGCUUUAUAAGCAGUCUAAAGAAGAACGACUAUUUCAGGGGAGAACUGGAGGGUUCUGCACGCUACAAAGACUUACUCCAAAUGGCGGAGAUUUACUUCCAACAUUCUGUUUCCAGGCCCACAAGUUUACCUGCCUUAAGCCCAGGGGAACAGAUCCUGCAGCUUUUGCAAUCUCUGUCCUACAGUGUGGAAGAACUACAGAAGGAAGGGGACAACCUCCCUCCAGACGAUGAUGAUAGCUGGUUGGAUAUUUCACCUGAGGAGCUGGAUCAGAUGCUGGAGGAGGCUUCUGGAAGGAAACUGUUGAAUUCUGCCAGACAGGAGGAGGGACUGGAUUACGAUCUCAGUGACGUCACAAAGAAUAUGAAGGCAUUUGUCUCAAAAGUGUCCUCUCAUGAAGGUGCAGAGAUACCACGGUCUUCUGCUACUAGCCAAGUUGAAUUUGAUGUGAACUCCUUCACAGGUGCUUUGGAAAGGAUCCUAGGGGUAGAAUCAGAUGAGCUCGAUUCAGAUGAUCUUGAUGAGGAAGAAGAUUAUGAUUUAUUGGACAGUGACACAGAAUCUGACACAAAGGAGGGUAAAUCAGAGGAGGAUAUGUCGGCCACAGAGACUCUUGAGAACAUCCGAGACUACAUGAAGCAAAUGGAUCAGGAGCUGGCAGGAACCCAAAUUGGCAAAAGCUUUACUAAAAUCACUGACAAGGGUGGCUCGGACGGACUCGACGUAUCUGAAGAAGCAGAGGGUGAAUCGGGUGAAGAGGAUUUGAAGGUUCUGCCUGUCGAUGUGGACUUGAAUCUGGUGGAGAACCUAUUGGAGUCAUACAGCUCACAAGCUGGCUUAGCUGGACCUGCCUCUAACAUCUUGCAGAGUAUGGGGAUCCGACUACCAGAUAACCAGGACAAGUGAAAGCCUCUGUGGUACCACUGCAAUGAUGCCACUUUGGACUCUGCUUUCUGAUUCUUUAUUGCUGCUACAGUACUACUGUUUCAUAAUGACUGGCAGUCAAUAACCUUUUAAGGCUGACUGUGGCUGUAGAUAACAAUCAGGAUUCACCAGUGAACUAGAAACCUCAAAUUCUUUGAAAGGAAAUUAUGGACUAAUGCUGCAAUCUAUGAGAGAAUGCAUCUCUUCAUAUUUCUUAAAGUUUUGUAGAAACUAUUUUUGUAUUUGUAAAUAAAUGCAAUAUCCGAACUUUUCAAAUGA